AGGAUUGAAGAACCCUUGCCUCCAAAUUUCCCCAAGGAAGGCCUGAAUCCCAGCGAGACUUUUCUCCGGCCUCAGUGAAGUGGCCAAUGAAGGGGAGUGGCACCAAUGGAGCUGCAGCUCGUGCUUUCCGAUCUCUUGAUCUCUCUCCUAUGGGUUUGGUCUGGUUCUAUCCUUCGCUACUUUGCCUACACCUUCUUCGGACUAGGGAUGCACACCGGGAUCGGCCUUCUCAAGCUUAUUCUCGCUGUUCUGUAUAUCUCCUUCUCUUGGCUCGGCAAGGCCACCAAUGGUGGAGCUUACAACCCUCUCAUGGUUCUCUGUCAUGCUAUUUCUGGGAGUUUCUCUGGGUUUCUAUUCGUCAUCUUUGUGAGGAUCCCUGCUCAGGCCUUUGGUUGGGCUUGUGUUCAAGGGGACCAUACGACCAAGGAGCAUUUGCUUGUUUACUGGCUCGCACCAGUUGAGGGCGCUUUGUUAGGAGUAUGGGCGUGUAGUUUGUUUGUUGACCUUAAGAAGCACAAGGAACAUCAUCAAACUAGUUACAAGGUUAAAUCAGAGUGAGAAAGGCAAGGUAUUUGGGUUUCAUUGUUUGUGGGAACUACCACAGCUGACUUCUGUGGGAAGGAUAGCCGGAGUGUUUCUCUCUUGGGCAGUGAUCAGAAAGUUGGUGACAGAUACUUUUCUAGAUCUUUGAGCAUGUCCAUAAGCACACCAAAUGACCAGGCUUAAUUCUCAAGCCAUCAAAGACAAGAUCUCUUGGAAAGACUAGCCAUAUCAUCUUUGAUGCGUAUGAUCUUGUUACUUUGUAAUGUAAGUAAUUUAAUUUAUCAACGUUGCUUGGGAGAAAAGUUUAAUGUAUAGGCCUCGUGGUAAAAAACAUGAAAUUUGCUGCCUGUUGGAGAAACAAACCAAGUAAUGAUAAGCUUUGACCAAUCAUCUUGUGUUUCAGUCGAGUUCGUAUUAUUUGCUUUAACCAUCAGCCGAGCACUUUCCCAAUAUAACAGACAAUUAAAAACAGUUGACAAGUUUUUGGCAAGCAUGACGCAAGUAAU